AUGCCGAAGGGCGUCGGCUUCCUGCUGCUCUCCCUCAUCCUUCUCGCCGCCCUCUCGGAGACGCUCGGGCUCGUCCUGUCCGCAAAAGAAAAAAGAGGGUGGACCUUGAACAGUGCCGGUUACCUGCUUGGACCACGUCGUAUUGAUCAGCUUUUGCUGAUAAAGGAAAUGCCCAUGGCAAGGGGGAGAGAAGAGGCACCAGGGGAAUAUGCAGUAGAUAACCACAGGUCCUUUAAUGACAAACAUGGUUUCAGUGGUAAACGUGAAAUACAGCCUGAAGAGGAUAUAAAAGCAGGCAAUCUUGGAAGACCACUGGCUGAUGAAAACAUUGUCCGCACAGUAAUCGAAUUUUUGACUUACUUGCAUCUUAAAGAGGCGGGAGCAUUUGACAGUCUACCUUCAACAGAUGAAACAAACCAAUCUUGA